CGCGCCUGGUCCAGCCGCGGGCUGAGCGCGGAGCCGCGGCGGGCGCGGGAUCCGGGCCGGGGCGCGAGCCGAGCGCAGCCUCCCUCCUCUGCUGGGCCGAGCGGGCAAAGCGGGCGGAGCGGGCACGGCGCGCCGGGGCCGCCGCCGGGGGGAUGCGGCUGCCUCCCCCGGCCGGCGUGUAGAGAGGGCGGGUCCCCGGCCUCGGGAGCGCGGCGGUGGAGGGGACAGAGGCGGCGGCCAUGGCGACCCCCGGCAACCUGGGGUCCUCCGUCUUGGCGAGCAAGACCAAGACCAAGAAGAAGCAUUUCGUAGCGCAGAAAGUGAAGCUCUUUCGGGCCAGCGAUCCGCUGCUCAGCGUCCUGAUGUGGGGGGUAAACCACUCGAUCAAUGAACUGAGCCAUGUUCAAAUCCCUGUUAUGUUGAUGCCGGAUGACUUCAAAGCCUAUUCAAAGAUAAAGGUGGACAAUCACCUUUUUAACAAAGAAAAUAUGCCGAGCCACUUCAAGUUUAAGGAAUACUGCCCGAUGGUUUUCCGUAACCUGCGGGAGAGGUUUGGCAUCGAUGAUCAGGAUUUCCAGAAUUCCUUGACCAGGAGCGCACCCCUUCCCAACGAUUCCCAGGCGCGCAGUGGGGCUCGAUUCCACACUUCCUAUGACAAAAGAUACAUCAUCAAGACCAUCACGAGUGAAGAUGUGGCCGAAAUGCACAACAUCCUGAAGAAAUACCACCAGUAUAUAGUAGAAUGUCAUGGGAUCACCCUUCUUCCCCAGUUCUUGGGCAUGUACCGGCUUAAUGUUGAUGGAGUUGAAAUCUACGUGAUUGUUACAAGAAAUGUGUUCAGCCACCGUUUAUCUGUAUAUAGGAAAUACGACUUAAAGGGCUCUACCGUGGCUAGAGAAGCCAGCGACAAGGAAAAGGCCAAAGAACUACCGACUUUAAAGGAUAAUGAUUUCAUCAAUGAGGGCCAAAAGAUUUAUAUUGAUGACAACAACAAAAAGGUGUUCCUGGAAAAACUGAAAAAGGAUGUUGAGUUUCUUGCCCAGUUAAAGCUCAUGGACUACAGCCUCCUGGUGGGAAUCCAUGAUGUGGAAAGAGCCGAACAGGAAGAGGUGGAGUGUGAAGAGAAUGACGGGGAAGAGGAUGGGGAAAGCGAUGGUACCCACCCUGUCGGGACCCCUCCGGACAGUCCUGGAAAUACACUGAACAGCUCACCGCCCUUGGCUCCAGGGGAGUUUGAUCCAAACAUUGAUGUUUAUGGAAUUAAAUGCCAUGAAAACUCGCCCAGGAAAGAGGUGUACUUUAUGGCAAUUAUUGACAUUUUGACUCAUUAUGAUGCAAAAAAGAAAGCUGCCCACGCCGCAAAAACUGUUAAGCAUGGCGCUGGUGCAGAGAUCUCGACCGUGAACCCAGAACAGUAUUCAAAGCGCUUUUUGGACUUUAUUGGCCACAUCUUGACGUAACCUCCCACAUGGCCUUGGACGGACAUGAGCACGGGAAGGAAAGAGGUGGCUUCGGUGUAGGAAAAAUGAAAACCAAACUCAGUGAAGCACACCUCCUCGUUUACAUCUUCAGGCCAAGAUGACUGAUUUGGAGGCUACUCGCUUUAACAGCUACCUGAUAUUUCCCAGCAUCGUUCUAGCUAUUUCUGACACGUGUGCGUGCGUGCGUGUGUGUGUGCCUGUGCGCGCGUGUAUGCGUGUAUCUUAAAAAAAAAUAAUUAAUUAAUUAAUUAAUGCAAACCGGUCAGCUUCAGUCAGAGUGCAUUUGGGCAACAACCCUCUGAUUCCAGCUGUGGAUGGAUGGAUGGAUGGAUGGAUGAGCACAUGUGGGGGGAGGGGGCGAAGGAAAUGCAUGUCAGACCAACCAUGUUGGCAUCACGCGAUAAACUGUGGAUCAGUUUAUUUUUUGGAGUUGAAAGAUGUGACAGUAUUCAUAAUAAUAAUGAAGAUAAUAAUAAUGAUGAUAAUAAUGAUGGUGAUUAAAAGAAAAAAACUUACUGCGAAUGUUACAUUUCUACCACGCACGCGGACACUCCUUAAUAGUUGCCCCCCAAGCCCCUGGCGCUGGGCGGGGGGUCGCUGGCAUCUCCAGCACGCCCUGGCUCAGGGUUCUGCCUCCACAGUGUCGGGGCUCCCGGCAUCCAGGGACAAAGGCCCCUCCUCUAGCAAGAAGCUGAUGCCCUUAGUGACUCUUGUCUGUACAUUUUCACCUCAGUAAGUAUGUCCAGGAAAACUGCUUACUUCUCUUUUCUUGCCUGGAGCUUCUUCACUGUUACACUCUUAUGUUGCAAUAUAGGAAUUAAUGCUACAAAAUAAAAAUAAAGCUUACCUGCAAAGUGCAUAGUUUUGGGCAAUGGUAUCUACAUCUCCUACAGUGGGAAGGUGAGCAGAGCAUUAGAACUCUGAAUUCUGUUAACGAAGGCAAAUCUGAAUUCUAAGAUGUUUAUGUUUCACCAUUGGUUAAACAGUGGUAUUUUGUUAUCAAUUAUCCCUUUAACUGAAACCCUCAAUUUUACUGUUUACAUUAUUAGGAAAACAGGGAUAUUUUUGAAUCUAAAAAUUUAAUGUACAGCAUGUGAUUUUUUGAAGUUUACAUGUAAAGUCAUUUUACAGUGUAGGUGGAAUAAUGUUUGUCAUAUUUUGAAAUGUAUCCUGCAGUCAUGUUUUUGGGUGAAUGUUUUAUUCAAGUACAUGGUAGGCAGUCUUAUACAAUAAAAGGAAAAGGGUUGUUUUGUUUCCUCCAGAUGUACAUUUAUCAACCUGAUGAUUUUUUUCUAAAUGUUUAACCCAAAUCUGGUUAUGUAAGUUCAUUGCCCUAAACUGUGCUGUGUUUUAAUCAAUUUAUAAAUUUCCAACAUCGAUCAUGUAUUUACCAACUUUCUGGCAUUUUCUGAAAGGCAUCAAGCUAAAAUAUUAGACUUGCUUAGAGUAGGUUGUCAACUUAUACACUGUGCUAAAGCUGUGCCUUUGAAAUUCUUUGUUUAAAACAUGAGAUGAUUUUUGUAGGCAGUUUCAGAAAAGAAAAAAAAAAAUCCACCUUUCAGUGAUUAGUUAUAACUCCGCAAACCGCCCCUGCCAUACUGCCUCUUCCAGGAACUUUACUUCAGGGCUUAUCAAGACUGCGACUGUGCCCACUGGGUGUGGGUUUACUUCGGAGAACACGGUGAUAGCAAAUCAGGAUCUCUGGAAGCCAGCAGCAACGCCAUUCUAUGACUAGUUACUGACUUCACCCAGGUUUGUUAGCCACGGUGGAUAAUGCUAUCGCCACUGGGCCAUGGUCAUCCAAAUCUGUAUUUCAUGCAUUCAAAUUAGUUGAGACUGUGAUCUGGGCCCCCACUCCCCCACCAUUCAUCCUGGCAUCGAGUCCCUUUCAGUGUUCUGAAGUUCUACGGUGGUUUCUUUGACCCAAGACUACAAAAGUGAGACCCUGAAGUAAAGAUAAGGUACACAUACAUUAUUUGAGUAACUAUUUCCUUUGUGGCCAGUCUGUGUAUGCUUUUAGAAGUUUACAAAAUGCUUUAUUUUUUGUCUGUAACAGUCUCUGUCGUUCAUUUCUGUCGAUAAACUAUUUGGACAGAGUGAGGAAGUUUGCCUUGUAUCUCCUAGUGCUAACAAUACACUCCAGUCAUGAGCCAGGCUUUACAAAAUAAAGCACUUUGAUGACUCACAA